UUAUGGCGACUUGUCUGCAAUAAAGAUAAGUCUCCCUCCAUCCCUCUAAAAUAACAAAACAAAAACAAAAAACUCCUCGUUUGUUUCUCUCUCCCCCCUCUCUCGCUGAGUCUGGGUCAGUCCUUUUCGCUACGGUUUCGUUUCCUUUACUUCGAAAUUAGCAGAGCUUCAGUCUCACGCUUAUAGGAAUCCAGCCAUGUACAUAAACGAGGAAGAGUUGCGUUUGUGAUGAGUUGAGAGGAGAAGAGUUGAUGAUUUAAUACGGAGGCCAUAUGAUAUUUACAUUACAUUGUAUUCAUUUGGCUUUGUGCCGAUGAUGACGAGGUAGAAGAUGAAUUUAAGGGUUGUUGAUAAAAUUAUGAUUUAUGCGCUGAUCUAAUUUUGGAAGUGAUCACCUGCUUGUAUUUAUUGUAAAUAGAUGCACUUUUUUUCGUCAAUGCAUUUUAAGCAGAGGUGUUGAUAGAUUUUGUUUUUCAAUUUGGAGUUUGGACUAAUGGCUGUUGCUAGUGGGCACAAUGUUUCUGUGCUUGAUUCUUCUUUCCUUAGGGAAUCUCAAUCAGAGGCAGUGAGAAGAUGGGGUGAUGAUGGGAGGGCAAGCAACCAGACAACAUCACACGUGCAAAUACAGAGGGAGCUUGAGGAUGAGCAUGUGGUGAGUCAUGUCCAGGGGAGGGUUACUGAUAGAUUGGUCCAAUGUCAGAGUGACGGAUCCAGUACUGAUCUAUUGAGGGUGGAUGCAUCUGAUAACCACAGUAAUGACCAAAGUGGGUCUUCAGAGGGUGGGAGUGCUGGGGAGAGUGAGUGUGGACAAUGGCCCCCAUCUCCAAUUGGAUUGGAGAAUGGACAGGAGGAUUCUUCUGAUCUAGGAGAGGUUGAAAGGGUGAAGGUAAGGCAGAUUUUUCAGGAAUGGAUGGAUUGUGGUGCAAGGGAAUGUACAUCCAGCAUUUCCCAAAGGAACAGUGGUUCUAGAGCAGAAUGGCUUGGUGAAACCGAGCAGGAAAGGGUAAGAAUUAUAAGGGAGUGGGUACAAAUGAACAGCCGGCAGAGAGGUGCUUGUGUUGAUCGCAGAGAAGAAAAAGGUGCUGAGGUUACUGGUCAAAUUGAACAAGUUCUUGAUGGAUUGGUUGUUAACCACAAUGAAGGCCGAACUGAGCAUACUCGGAGGGGUAUUCGUAGAUUGUGUGGCAGACAGGCUUUGCUUGAUAUGCUUAAGAAGUCUGAGAGAGAAAGGCAAAGUGAGCUUGAAGGUUUGUUGGAGCAUUGCGCUGUAACAAAAUUUGCUCAUCGAAACCGCAUUCAGUCAUUACUUCGAGGCAGUUUCUUGCGAAAUGACAGAAUUGUUGAAGAUGAGAGACCCACAUCCACAGCAGCAAGUGAAUUGGGUUUAUUGAGGCAAAGACAUACGGUAUCUGAUCUAAGGGAAGGAUUUUUCUCAAGAUUGGACCAUUCUGUUUGCAGACAACUAAGCAGCAAUGUCAACGAUACCUCAUCUAACAUUGACGUUAAUGAUAAUAGAAGUGAACAAAUCAAAGCAAAAAACUCACAACAGGUCAUAAAUGAAUUUUAUGAACAAACUGAGUCAAAUUCUGAGAAAAAUGGUAGCCUUGGGUUAAUGGAUAGGAGAACUGAUAUAGAAGAUAACAAUGUUGAUGAUGCAAGUUGGCAAGAAAUUACUGCUCAUUUAAAAGAGGGGCCAAGACAAGUUUCAGACUCUAAUGCAAGAGAUAGGAAACAGUUAGCCAACAUUGCAUUUGUUGAGAGGAGGGAUGGUACUAGAGAAGAGGCUAAUGAAAACCAGCAGGAUGGUACUAAUGGUGAAUCAUCCCAAGAAACUAUGGGAAAUGAAGUUGAGGAGAACAAGCAGCUGCUAUCAACAAGGGAAGUAUUUUCUCAGCAAUCCGAGGUAGAUAGAGGGGGAAGUGCUGUCUCCUUGUUAUCCAAUCAUUUGAGUGAUUUGGAAGCCACUGUAAAUGAAGAUGUAAACUGGCAUGAAUCUGCUGAACCAUUAGAACAGUGGCAGAACCAACUCCUGGAAAGUGAAGGGCAGCACUUGUUUGGAGCUAGUCGAGCAUCUGGAGAAUGGGCAGAUGGGGUUCAAGAUAACAUUGAUGGACGUCAACAUGAAACUGCUGCUAAUGAAUGGUUGGAAAAUGAAGAUAGCGAAGGGGCCUCUGAAGUAUGGCUUGAGGAUGGUGGUUUUUUUCAAGAGGCUGUGCAAAGUUGGCUAACAGAGCCUUCUGACCAGGAAGCUAUACCAGUUGGUAGGAUGGAUCCAUUUUAUUUUCCUGAUGAUGACAAUGUAUACAGUAUGGAACUCAGGGAACUCUUGAGCAGGAGAAGCGUCUCCACACUUCUUCGCAGUGGUUUCCGUGAGAGUCUUGACCAAUUGAUACGCUCAUAUGUUGAAAGGCAAAGCCAUACUCCCCUAGAAUGGGAACUGCAAGAAACAUCAGCUAUCCCCGCUACAGCAGAACAAGAUCUGGAACAGCAGACUGUGGAUCAGAAUGAGAGUCGGGGGAAUGCUGUCCAGAGUCCUUCACUUGCUCAACCUUCCCCAACUAUACCCCCUGUAGAGCAGCUCUGGGAUCAGGAAUCGAACCAUUAUACUUGGCCACAGCAUGACAUGCAUCUGCGCUUUGGAAUUGAAUGGGACAUCAUAAAUGAUCUAAGGAUUGACAUGGCUAGGCUCCAACAAAGAAUGAAUAACAUGCAGAGGAUGCUGGAAGCCUGUAUGGACAUGCAGCUCGAGCUGCAACGGUCAAUACAGCAAGAAGUCUCAGCUGCCCUGAAUCGCUCUUCUGAUUCACCAGGGGUGUGUGAGAACAGUGUUCCGGAGGAUAGAUCUAAAUGGGAUCAUGUGAGGAAAGGAAUUUGCUGCAUAUGUUGUGAUGGCAGUAUUGAUUCUCUACUGUACAGGUGUGGGCACAUGUGCACAUGUUCAAAAUGUGCUCAUGAGUUGGUCCGAAGCGGGGAGAAAUGUCCAAUGUGUAGGGCACCUGUAAUCGAGGUUAUCCAUGCCUACUCUAUCUUAUAAUUUGAUGGUUGAGAAACUAGUGGACAAAGUAGAAAGAAAUGGUAUGUUUAGUUUAACUAUGCAUGAUUCAUGUGGGGUGUUUGGUGCUAUGGUUGGACCAUAUUUUU